UGCCUUUCCCGUCUCGCGCGCUUUGUUUUGUUAUGGCGGGUCGUUUGGAAGCAGGGACGCGAGUUUACCCGUCAGCUUCUGAGCACUUUAAAGCUCCAGCAGCCGCCAGCACAGCUCCAGGAACAUGACAUCUCCAGCUGGACCGCAGUCUCACUUCCGGUGGCGCUGGACGGCGAGCAGCUCUCGGGCCGGGGUGUUACUGAGCGGCUCUCCGGGAGAAGUGGGCUCUGUCAGGAGCAGCUGUAGCUCUCCGGGUGUGGACGCGUCCUUAGAGGACUCCUUCAGCGCCCAGUUCGCCCCCUUGCCCGUGUCCCGCAGCAGUAGCUGCCUGAGUCUGGACUCCAUGUGUCCUUCCCAGUCCAGCAGGGCCCCGGGCCUCACACCCCCCAGCAGUCAAGUGCACACAGGGCUCCCUGCAGCAAGAAACCCCCAGGCGCUCAUCCACCGGCUCCAAGAACUGAAGCAGCUGCAGCAGUGCAUGCAAGAGCAACUAAAAGCCCACCAGCAGGAGCAGCUGCAAAAACUGCAGAAUGAACAGUCGAUGCUUUUGGGAAUGGUUCAAACUGCCACAGAGUGUGACAAUACUAAACAGCCAUGCCUCAAAACUACUGAGCAGCCUGAGCAGUCAGGAUCGAAGUCCUCACACACAAGACCCAGAGAUUCACCAGUUCAACAUGUACACCAGCAACCCAGAGAAGUGGACAGGACACUUGAGCCAGGCGUGUGGAAUCAAGAGCCAAAUGUGGACCAGGCAAGUUCUGGACAUCACAGUGAUGACGAUUAUGAUCUUGAAGAGGAAUCGCUGCAACCUGAGGACACAAACACGUGCCAAAAAGACAGUGAAACAGAGCCACAUGACAGGCCGAUCAGAUCAGGUGGCAGUGGGAAGACGUUUGAAGAGAUGCUGGAAGAGCAGCUCAAGCUGGAGAAUGAGAAGCUAAGCAAGAUAUCUGGUGCUCCUACUGAUGCAGCAAAGGUGAAGAGGCCGUUUCUGAGGCGAGGAGAAGGCUUGUCCAGAUUCACUAGAGGCAAAACCGCUGGAUCAUUGAGAGACAGGGCAACUAGUUCAGACACCAAACCCACACCAGGCAUCAAUCCUUCAGCCUUUCAGGGCCCGAUCAUCAGAUCCCACCAGAGCACCGAGCCAAAACGAACUUCUCCAAAAUCUAUAAGUACAACAAACAUUGUAACCCAGCGUAAGACUGCUGUACUGAACAAAAAUAACUUUCCUCAGAAGACUUCAGUACCAGUAACCAAGGCUCUCACAAAAGCUCAUGUUCAUGAAGGCCACCAGAAUGUCAGGGUAGAAGGGCAGAAUGUGAGCUCUGGACCUGUCCAACACCUAAGUAAGAGUAAUAAUAAGCCUGAAGGUCAGAAGGUCCUCUCAGAUAUCAUGGUUGAUAUCAGUAAGGUACCAUCAAGACAGUUACACAGUAUGGAUGAGCAAAGUGCUCGAAUUGCAGAGAACUCAUUUGAGGUGUGGCUCAAAGAGCGUGGUGAACACUGGGAAAGAGAUCGGCACCGUGAGCAUGUGGAGCUUGGUGAGUUUGAACUGCUAGAGAGAGCGGCAGAUGAGUUCUCUUUUUCUAGUAACUCAUCUUUCAUCAACACUCUUUUGCGGCGGGAUGGCAGACGCCUUUCAUCCACUCCUGUCAAAUCGCCACCAAAAUCCUCAGUUCCUGACCAUUGUCUCGACAGUGGUACUGGCCUCAACAAGGCUCACAGUCCAACAGUACCGCCUGUAGACAGUGCGGCAGUGAUGGAAGGGACAAGCACACAACCGGAAGAAGUGAUGACCGAGUGUUCUGGAGAUGAAGACGUGGAAGAGUCUGAUUCCUCACUGUGUAGCAACACUGUUUUUCACCAGCCUGCUAUAGUGCAAAACCUGCAAGAACCUUUCAGGUUCCAAGUUUCAGCACCGCCCUAUGAUAAGCGAUCUUAUCAAGACAGAAACAGAGCUGGAAGCUCAGAAGGGGAAGAGGAGAGCCACAGAGAUUCGACUCUGGUGGACACCAGAGGUCAGGUGGAGUUUGAUGAUGAUGACACAUGGAAUGAGCCUGAGAAUUCCACUUGCACUCCUGCAAAGAUGGAUGAUCAGGCAGAUAGGGUACUGAAGAGGAAGAUUGCAAUCUCAAAAGGAGUAGAGCUUGAUCAUUGCUGUAACAGCCCAUUAGACCAUGAGCCAGAACCACCACCGACAUGCCAGCUAGUAGCGAAGCUGUUUCCAGCUCUGAAGCCGAAACCGUGUCCUCCUCCACCGGAACUGCCAGAUUCAGAUGGGCACAGUGAACAAGGAGCAGCCAGGUCAACGUUGCUCCGUGAGCGCUUGGUGGAGCUGGAGAUUGAGAUCGAGCGCUUCAGGAAAGAGAAUGCAGCACUGAGCCGACUCAGGCAGGAAAACCAGGAGUUUCAAGAGAAACUGCGGAAGGAGAGAGCAGAGUUUGAACAGAACAUGGCAGAUGAACGUGCCAAAUGGGAGGAGUUUAAGUGUGAGGAAGGCCGGAAGCUCCAACGUGAGAAGAAGCUGUUUGAGAAACAUGCAGCAGCUGCAAGGGCAAGACCCGACAAACAGGAACGAGAUGAGAUACAGUCUCUAAAGCAGCAGGUAAACACUCUGCAGGAGGAUUUAAGAAAACGAGAGGCUCGCUGGACCAGUACACACAGCCGUCUCAGGCAGCAGAUAGACACCCUCAGUGCCGAGAAUGCUACUCUCCGAGACCAGGUCCGCACGCUGGAAAAACUCCGCCUUAGUACCUGGAAAAAUGCUGAGUCUGAACGGGAGAAAGAGAGAGGGAGGUCCAGUGCAUCUAGCAAUAGCAGUAAUACCAGGACAGCAAAAUCCAAGAGCCCCUCCUCCAGCAUUAAAAGCAGCCCACCUGAGAACAGCAAGAAGAUGGAAAGCCUAGAGGUUCAGAAUCCUCCCAAAAUUCCAGCCAAGUCUGCAAGCACCACAUGCUCUACAGACUGGCAAAAGGAGCCUUGUGGUCCACUUCACACCUCAGAUCAUUUAAUUGGAUCUGAGUUAAAAAGCCAUGAUCCUCAGCUAAUAAAAAACACCACCCUCUCAGUCUUGGAAGUGGACAGUCCCAGGGGCAUCACAGGGAAAUCUGAGCUUGAACAGGAAGAGAUCAUAUACACGGAUGGCAAGAUUGAAAAGAUGUUUCCUGAUGGAGGACGACUUAUAGUUUUCCCCAACGGCACAAGGAAAGAAGUGUCUGCCGACGGACUGUCAGUCAGAGUCACUUUUUUCAAUGGAGACAUAAAGCAGAUAAUGCCAGAUCAAAGAGUGAUUUAUUAUUAUGCAGAAGCUCAAACCACACACACCACCUACCCUGAUGGUAUGGAAGUGCUCCAGUUCCCAAACAACCAGAUAGAAAAACACUUUACAGAUGGUCAUAAGGAGAUCAUAUUUCCUGAUCAGACUGUUAAGAAUCUCUAUCCUGAUGGGAGAGAGGAGAGCGUGCUUGUGGAUGGCACGAUAAUACAGCAAAACCCGGAUGGCACUAAGCAGAUCCAGUUCAACACGGGUCAGCGAGAGCUCCAUACUGCAGAAUUUAAGAGGCGAGAAUACCCUGACGGCACAGUUAAAACCGUUUACUCAGAUGGACGACAGGAGACCCGCUACCCCACUGGCCGCGUGAGGCUCAAAAACCCUGAAGGACAUGUCAUCAUGGACACCAAAGCCUAAGAGAACUCAAACGUUUUUACUUAAAGGCUGAAACAUUGAAGUUUGGUUUGCAGGGGAAAAAAACUUUUGUCAAAGGGGGGGAAAAAAAACAAAUGUUUUGUGUGUUUUAUAGAUUAAUGGCAGUUAAUUUAUUUGUAGUGUACAUUUUUGUAAAAUAAAUAGUUAUAAUUCACUGAAUUAACUGAAGCUUCUGAAAUUUUAACAUCAGGAAUUUACUUGUUCUUUAAAAGCUUACAGACAAGUGCUUAAAAAAUAAAUCUUAAAUCAGAAAAUACUAACUUAAAGUUUGUACAGAGGCCACUUUUUGUUUUCGUCCUUGCUAAUUAAUAAAAUUAGGCUCUCCUAUUAAGAAAAAGCACCCACAAUUUUAUUGGGUACACUGACCAAGCUCAUAUUAAGUUCACAAUAAGAAGGUGGCUCCAUUAUAGAAGUUCUGUAGGUAGUUCAGGUGUACUGAAUUUAUAAAACUCCAACUACACAAAUGAGGCCAGUGUUCACAUUUCCUUUUUGUGGACAUGUUAAGCUACAAUGUGCACCCAAAAUGCAAAAUCUUCUAGCUUGUCUCCUGUAGAGGAAAUGGUUAUACAGGAAGCACUAGAAAUGUAAGGUACAUACCAGCAAUAUAGGUGCCUCUCUGUAAAUCUAAACAGUCAGAAUCAUAAUGAGUCUCAUUAAAACUUUUUCAUCCUUCCUAAUUAAUAUAACUGACCAAGCUGUUUUCAAACUGGUCUCAUAGGGUAUCACUUUUGAGUUUAGAAUUUUAAUUAGAAAUUAAAAUAGCAAUCUUUCAAAUACUCCACACAUGAUGGAUGGCCAGCAACAGCAAUUGUUCUCGAUUGAAGAAAAUGUGAUGCUGUUGGGUAGGAUUAGUCGAUUUUAUACACUUUUUGUGCCAACCUGAGAGAGUGGUGAGAUUUCCUCUCUUUUUGAGGGUCAGACCAGAGAGACAUUUCCUUGUAGGUCCUUCUGAGGAUCUACAACUGUGUGAAGUAUCAGCUCACAUCCUUUUGGUAACUGUAAGAAUAUAGUAAUGCAAGGGCUGUGAUGCAUGGUGCCUACACUCCAAUUUCAAAAAAAAAAAAAAAAAACACUUUUACUAAGCAUGCUGUUCUUCAGUGAAUAUUCAAGUGAAUAUGCAAGCAAGCUAGCGUACUGAUUCUUACAUUCAGCUUAAAGAUUCCCCUCAAAUCUUUAAGAUCUGGUGUACGAGAGCAUGUUGGUUCCCGUAAGUUACAGUGCUGAUGGGUUAUACCGGGUUAUACUAACGUCAUACCAGUCACGUUUAAUUUUGUUCCACUCUGAAGUACAGCUUUAGUUUGGUUAUAUGCUGCUAAGAGUAUGAAUAGCUCAUACAAAUACUAUGGCAUUAUAAAGUUGUAAAGGAGUGUGUUUAUGGGAACUUUUGACCAUUCUUCUAGAAGCACAUUUGUGAGGUCACACACUGAUGUUGGAUGAGAAGGCCUGGCUCACAGUCUUCGCUCAAAUUCAUCCCAAAGGUGUUCUAUCGGGUUGAGGUCAGGACUCUGUGCAGGCCAGUCAAGUUCAUCCACACCAGACUCUGUCAUCCAUGUCUUUAUGGACCUUGCUUUGUGCACUGGUGCGCAGUCAUGUUGGAACAGGAAGGGGCCUGAAUGCUGAAGCAUUAAGAGUUCCUUUCACUGGAACUAAGGGGCCAAGCCCAACCCCUGAAAAACAACCCCACACCAUAAUCCCCCCUCCACCAAACAUUACACUUGGCACAAUGCAGUCAGGCAAGUACCGUUCUCCUGGCAACCGCCAAACCCAGACUCGUCCAUCGGAUUGCCAGACAGAGAAGUAGGAUUCAUCACUCUAGAAAACACGUCUCCACUGCUCUAGAGUCCAGUCCAACGCUUUGUAUUGCACUUGGUGAUGUAAGGCUUGGAUGCAGGUGCUCGGCCAUGGAAACCCAUUCCAUGAAGCUCUCUACGCACUGUUCUUGAGCUAAUCUUGAAGGCCACAUGAAGUUUGGAGGUCUGUAGCUAUUGACUCUGCAGAAAGUUCCUCAGCAUGCGCGGACCUCUCUCUGUGAUUUUACGUGGCCUACCACUUCGUGGCCGAGUUGCUGUUGUUCCCAAUUGCUUCCACUUUGUUAUAAUACCACUAAACUGGAAUAUUUAGUAGUGAGGAAAUUUCACAAAUGGACUUAUUGCACAGAUGGCAACCUGUCACGGUACCACGCCUGAAUUCGCUGAGCUCCUGAGAGUGACCCAUUCUUUCACAAAUGUUUGUAGAAGCAGUCUGCAUGCCUAGGUGCUUGAUUUUAUAUACCUGUGGCCAUGGAAGUGAUUGGAACACCUGAAUUCAAUGAUUUGGAGGGGUGUCCCAAUACUUUUGGCAAUAUAGUGUAUGUACCUGGACUUAUCAGAACCUUCCUGGAUGGCUACCGCUACAGGUAGCCAGAUUGGGGUUGUGGAAACUCUGGACCAACGCUGCCAACCUAUCUACAUACAUACCUUUUUAUCUAUCAAUAUGGCUGGCUACCUAACCUAGCUGGAUACAUACACGGCUGUCUACCUAACUGUCUGGCAAGACGGACGGACGAAUGGAUUUAUUUGAUCGCCAAGGGGAAAUCUGGGUGCUACAACUGCACUCGACAAAGUUAUACAUUCAAUACAUUAACAAAUCACACAGUGCAAAAGACAUCAGUGAGGUGCAGAAAUACAGCACACAUUCACAACACCCCAGUGGUGAGAAUUGGUUGCAGGUUUUUAUGACAUAAAAGAAUUAAACCAAGAUAAAUCAUGUCAGAUCAUUCUCCAUUUUCUGAAGCCAUUCCUUUGCUGUUGCCUUCUGAGAUGCUAAAUUGAUGACGUGCAAAGCAUGUGACAUGUAUUAGUGGUCCCAGACCAGCAUAUUCUGUAGUCCAUGCCCCAGUAAAACAGAUUAAAAAUGCUGAACCCCCUUAGUAUUUUUUAACCAAGAGAUGCCUACUUAACCUCGCUGCUGCUGAGGAUGGCCCUACAUUGACAGCCUAAAAAUACAUGAGAUUACUGUGGAUGGUACCACUUAGAAACCAUGAAGAUGGCUUGGACUGCAAUUGAUACAAAUGGUUUUGCACUCAAGUCUCCAUCAGUGAACAGUUUGAUAACUUCAACAAAACAGACUUCACGUGAAAACUAUGAAGAAUUUCCUGGUUAAACAAUUGCGCUUUGUACUACAUGGUUAAGAGUUAUAGAAGGGAAGGGUUUAUUAUGGCACCAUCCGGGGUCACCCAGAUGAGGACGGGUUCCCUUUUAAGUCUGGUUCCUCUCAAGGUUUCUUCCUCAUAUCUUCUCAGGGAGUUUUUCCUUGCCACCGUUGCCUCUGGCUUGCUCAUUAGGGAUAAAUUUUUAAAUGUAUAAAUGUAAAAUUUUUAUACUGAUAUCAUAUAUGUUUCUGUGAAGCUGCUUUGUGACGAUGUCUAUACAAAUAAAUUUGAAUUUAAUUGAAUUUCAGAUAUGUUUGGUAAGAGUGUUUGACAGAGCCAAAAACAGCCUUUACUGCACUACCUGCUACCUCUACUGAUAGAGAUUAGGUUAAAAAUACCAAAGUAUCCCUUUAACCCCUGGUUAGAUUUGUUUUCUGGGCUUAAUUUUUGUUUCAAUGUGGGAUUAAUAUGGAUGUCUGCAACAUGGAAUGGAAGAGACCAUUUCAGAGCUGUAUCUGAGGCAAGGGGAAGGCUUUCCCAGAUUCACUUGAGGCAAAGCCCCUGCAUCAUUCAGAAACAAGGCAACUAGUUCAGGAACAUGCUUGCAGAUACCACAAUAAUACACCAAUAC